CGCGCCUGCGCCGAGUCCGGGCCGCGCUGGUGGAGAGGGCCGUGGCGCGCGCGUUUGGCCGGCUUCGCCCUGCGAAGGUUCCGGAGCCUGCGCGCGCCCCCGAGGACGUCCGGGCGCGCGCUCUCCGCCUGCUUGCUUGCCUGCCUGCCUCUCCGCUGUCACUCCCCCUCCUCCUCCCGGCGUUGGUGAGCGAGACUCUCCGGCGAGCUUCUCCCUGCAGCGGUUGCAAGCGGGCGCGGCGCCAGGUAGGGGGGCCCGGCCCUGGGCGAGGUCUGGAGCGAUAACCUUUGGGACAGAAUGGCAAAUCAACAUCAGGACUUCAAUAUGACAGAUGACCAUUUGAUGAGCCAUGUCAGGCGAAAUCAGACAGGCUCUCCCCUGCAGAUACCUGUCGAUGAUGGAUCCGAUGAAGCUGUGUCUGAUGCCUCUGAUGCUAAGAGCACCCCAACUGUGGAAGAUGCCACUGCUCCAUUAGUGGAGGAGGAUCGGAUUGCAACUCGGCAGAAUGCAGAAAUACCCGAAGGAAUCACAGCUGAGGAAGCAGGAAUAGACUGUACUCCUAACGUUGAGGACCGUGCUGCAGGAGAUGCUCAAGCUCGUAUCGACAACAAAGAGAAAAACGGGACUGGGAUUGAAGAAGGAAAGCCAAAGGGCCCAGAUAUGAAAAGUGUAAACAAGAUAGCCACUCCACGUCCUGCUGGACCACAGAAUCAAAAGAACCCAGGCAACACUUCACGGAUCCCAGCCAAAACUCCCACCAUCCCCAAGACACCGCCCAAUCUCGCUGCCAAGAAGGAGCAGAGAAGGCCCCCAAACACAGCAGCAAAAUCUGAGAGAGGUGAACCGGUGAAGUCUGGUGAUAGAAGUGGCUACAGCAGUCCAGGUUCUCCUGGGACCCCCGGCAGCCGUUCCCGCACACCCUCCCUGCCAACUCCUCCCAAUAGGGAGCCCAAGAAGGUGGCGGUGGUGCGCACCCCUCCCAAAUCCCCUUCUGCUGCCAAGAACCGCCUGCAGACUACUCCUGUCCCCAUGCCAGACCUAAAGAACAUCAAGUCCAAGAUUGGUUCCAUUGACAACUUGAAGCAUCAGCCAGGGGGUGGAAAGGUGCAGAUUGUUAAUAAGAAGCUGGACUUUAGCAACGUCCAUUCCAGGUGUGGAUCAAAGGAUAAUCUCAAACACACCGCGGGAGGAGGCAGUAUCCAAAUUGUUUACAAGCCGGUGGACCUCAGCCACGUGACGUCUAAGUGUGGUUCUUUGGACAAUAUUCAUCAUAAACCAGGUGGCGGGCAGAUUGAACUGAAGUCAGAGAAACUGGACUUCAAAGAAAAGGUGCAAUCGAAAAUUGGGUCACUAGAUAACAUCACCCAUGUUCCAGGAGGAGGAAAUAAAAAGAUUGAAAGCCACAAGCUGACCUUCCGCGAGAAUGCCAAAGCCAAGACUGACCACGGAGCUGAAAUUGUCUACAAGUCACCCACCAUUUCUGGAGAUGCUUCCCCGCGUCGCCUUAGCAAUGUCUCCUCCUCCGGAAGUAUCAACAUGGUGGACUCCCCGCAACUGGCCACGUUGGCUGAUGAAGUGUCCGCUUCUCUGGCCAAGCAGGGCUUGUGAUUGCAUUAAAUGAGUGGAGAGAAUAAGAAGAGAAGAAUCCAAUCUGGCCUUUCUUCCUCUGUUCUUUUUAUAUCUGCAUCUCCCCCUCCCCAAAGCAUUCCUUUUUUCCCCAUUGACAAGCUAUUUUAAGUUUCUUCUCUCCCCUCUGCCUGCCAUCCCCCCCCCGCCCCCGUUUCCAUUUGCUCAUCUCUAGCCCAAGGACUUCAAAAUUAGCAAUGGCUUGGAAACCACCAUUCAUGCUCCAUUUCCAGUUACUUUAGUCUAGACCAGGGUUUUCCUCUGAGCUUAUCAGAAAGUGGGCAGGUUUGUAUGGUUGGGUUUGUUAAUUCCCUCUUUCAAAGGACCGAAUCAGGAAGACUGGGAAGCCGCUGGUCUUCUGGUUCUAUUCCCUCUUCAGGCUUCCCUUCUUUUUACCCCUCCUUCUCUUUCUCCCUUCUUCCUUUACUUGGGGCUCUCGUUUGCUUUUUAAAAUUCCCUUUCUGUUAUUCUCUUGCAAAGUGGAGAAGGGGGGGGGGGUAUCGUGUUCGUUUGUUGUCUUCUGCACCAGACAUUUUGGCUCACCACCCCUUCUCAAAAGGCCAAAGGCGUGGAAAGGUCAGGGACUCCUGGUUUAGACAAACAUCCUUUCUCCACUUACCACUAACAAAAGGAAGUUUUCUAGAUGAAUUUGAACAGCUUUAAAGGUGGAUCUUGAAUAAGAGGGGUCUCUGCAACUGUGGAUGUGCAGACCCCUUAAUGCACCCCUAUCAAGACAGAGAAGAACCUAUCGCAUGAUUAUUAUUUACCCCUCCCCCCUUUUCCCCCCUAUAACAUGUUUCUACAUUGGGGUAGGUGACAAUAGCUUUCAAUCUUAUGCACGAUUUUCAGUGUGUCAUGUCACCUGGUGGAAGACACAAGGCAUUCUGUUCGGCAUUUGGCAGGUGCUCCCAGCACAAAGGGGGCAGAGUUCCUAUGGAUCUGCAGAAGUGAUUCCCUUAGUUUGAUUUUUGGAAUUUCCCUGGUAACGAUAAGACUGCGUGCACAUUUUUGUUUAUUGUUUAACUAAAUGGCCUCUGUAUAAAUUAGGCCAAGCUGACUUUUAACGUCCUGAAGGCUGCUGGGUCCCUUAAGUUGUAUAGUUCAGAGAUGGAACAUAGUAGAAGGCAGGAUAAACACUUCCUUUGCCCACCCCCCCCCCACCCCUUCGAUAAAAUUAAUCUUGUGAAUUGAGGGCUAUUGCCUUUAAUUCUUCCCCAGGACAGCUGCUGCUAUAUUCUUUCCUCCUCACUCCCUGACUGCUUCUGCUGAAGCCCCCGUCUUUUGCCAUUAUUGUCACUCCCCCACCCCCCUACUUCUUUCUACCGGCUUAAAGCAGCUCUGCAUAAUUCGUUCUCUUGGUUCCUGCCCCUCUUGGUAUUUCUGAGAAACCUGAGGUCUUUUAAAAAAACGGGAAAAAUGGGACGUACCUGUUUAAGGUAUGAGUGCACGUCUUGCCGGAAUGGUAGCUCCAGUACAUGCAGGCUGGGCAGUGUGUAACAUGUUAAAAAACAAAUCCAUUUAUUUUCUUGCAUAAGCAUUUGCUCAGAGCCAAGGCCUUAGUGCAUGUUUUCCCCUUGGUGUUUGCCUUUAUGAAGGAAGCACGGUGGGGCAGAUGGCAAAAAGAGGUUUCCUACACCUUUCACACAAGGCCACUUUAGAACGGAUGCAUUUCACACGUUCAGCUGUAGGUCAUCCAAGUGUUUUGUUCAUUUGUGGAGCUGCAUGCACACGUCUGAAAGCCAGUCCACACGACAACACAGUCAACGAGCACUUGAUCAAAAACGGAGGCUGGUAAAAUGCCUGUUGGCACGGUGGGGGAAACCCAAACUACUUUAUGAAUUAGUGCAUUUGUGUGCAUCCUGGGUUCCUGUACCCUUAAGGGAAGGAUCACCUCUGGGAAGAAGGCAGCGCUUUUGGCUGGUAGUCUCUUAGUAGUCCUUCUCCAGCUAAGGUUACAGGAAAAUCUUUUCAUGGGAUCGGCACACUAAGCAAUUGACACACUAAACAAAUAACUCAAAUAUGCAUUUCACUCCUCAACAUACAGUUUGUGUCGCCUGACCCCUUGGUAGAAAGUACUGUUUAGCACAUGUUCUGUGUUUUACAUGUGAUGUCCGAGCAGAACAUGAUCUUAAAGCACAUCCUGUGUUUGUUGUGGUGCCAGAGCACAGCGCACACUGCCUUCACUCCUGGAUUUCAGACUGUUGCAGAUGCUAUUUGUAUAAAACCAGGCCUUUGGGUUACGUAGGGCUAAAUACCCAGUGGGGAGGAGGAGGAGAUCGGUUAACAGAAGGGAUUGGGAAGCACCAAUUUUUACUCCCCGCUGGAUGCUGACAUUUCCCCCUUUUUGGAUUCCCUGGGUGCCUAUUUGGAUAUGUGGGAAAUAGCCUGGUGAAAGAGCAAGAUUACUUUUUGAAAGUACUUGAGGAAUUGAGAAAUGCAGGUUUUCCCCAUUCCAGUGACACUUGAUUUACACAUCUGUUGUUUAAAGACCAUUUACUUAGCAGACAUGGCGGUAUAAACAGGGAGGGUAUUUUUUCCCCCAAAGAAAAGUCUGUUUCGUGAACUAGAGCAGGCAGUCACUAUUCAGGAAGGGUUGAGUUAGCUUAAAAACCCUGACAAGGCAUGCAGGCGCUGAGUUUGCUGGCUCCAAACACCCUUUAUGACCUGGAACAGAAGUUUCCGCUGCUUUGGGGACCUUGGCACGUAGCAUGGGAUGGGGGCGUGUCUAGUUCCUGACUGCUCUGGUACCUUCUCUCAGAGUCCACUUGUGCCCUCAAGUGUGGAUCAGGCAUUUCUUUCCAGGAGGCCAUUAGCCAUCCUCUGCUUCACCCCACCCGCCCACUUUAGCAUCCAUCUAAGUUGGCUUAGUGUUUAAGUAGCCUUCCUAACAGUUGUUUUGUGACCCGUUGCUCUUCUGCAACAUGCUUGGAACUUUUCUUCAUUGAGUUUCUAGGCACCACUUGCGGGACAACACAACACUGGAGAAAUAAAUUAGGCAUCUCGGCGUAUUUUAGGUCCAUGCAGCAGUAAAAUCUUUCUCGUUAAUCUUUGUGUUUGGUGGCCAAUUAAGUACUACAGCUAGUUCCAGACUAUUUACCCUGCGCUGCUUUCCCAUUUUGAGAGAGAAGUCCAAACAAGCACAGCAAGCAACAGGCCUUGUAUGCCUGUUCACAUUCCCAUAAGUCAUCAGGCACAUCAAUACCACUGAAUAAAUUUAAAAAAAAAAGCUUAUUGCCCUCUCCUUUCCCCUAAAGAGAUUCCUUUGAAGUAGAAGCCUGCGAGAGGAAAACUCCUGCCAUCCAUCGUAAGAUGAGAAACCCGAGGUCAAGACUUCCCCAUUGGGCAUACAAGUGUGUAAAACGUCCAUUGCUGAUUGACUGAAAUUAUGAGACGGAGGAGUGCUCUGCUGGCUUUACUCCUAAACUCAGCUUCUCUUUCACCCAGUGAUUUGGGCAGGCCCCCUUUUGCUUAUGGAUACAAGGGGCAAAAUACAGAAAGUUAGAAGCGAAGCAGAUUGCCCCCCAAAGGUUGGGUGGCUGCUUAUUUCCUUGAGAGAGACAGAACCCAAUUGGUCACAUGCUCUUCACUUGCUUCUCAUGACUGCAGGAUAUUGUACUUAACAGUCUGUGGCUUUUUCUGGAUUCUGGGGAGGUCUGCAGAUUUGUGGAGCAUCAAGGAAUAUAGCAUCCAAGGCAACACGAAAGAUACAGCUUGGGCUAGGAAAACUCUUUUACCCUUCUCCUUGUCUGCCUUGGCAUAAUGUCUAAAUUGAAAAGGACAACUCAUUCUCUUGGCCAUGAAGUAGCCCAGUGAAACCUUUCACUGGAUUCUCUCCCUCCUGCCUUUUCUUUUUAGAUAUCAAGAGCCUUGGCUUGCAUUCAGCAGCCGUAUUUCAUUGUAUAGUUGCACCCCCUCCAACCAUGAGGCACAUUCUGAUUUUCCUCCCACUCCAAAGCGUAGUCGCCAUCUCUUUAAAUGGUAGGGACACUUCCCCAGCUUGAAGCGAUGGUCUUUAUGGCUUAUUUUAAAACGCAGGCAUCACUUUUCUGGCUGGUUUAACCCUCGAGGGUACCAAUCUAGGGCUAUGUUGAACUUGUCUUGGUAUAUAAGCAUACAUAUCUAGGGGCUUGAAGAAAAAAGUGUUAACUUGACAGUUGAAAAAUCAUGAUAUUGGAAGUUAAGAAAAAUGGGCUUGGUUACUGGAAUGGGGCAAUGUUGGAGUUUGGAAGACCCCACUAUUCCCUUCAAAAAUUUUCAAGGGGUGGGAAAACGGGGAGGGGGGUGGGAAGGGAAUACAAUCUCCGUAUGAUCAUCGUAGCUUAGCUACCUGUCUGUGACUGUCCAUAUUGUAUUUGUGCGUUUUAACAACUGGUUUACACUGACUGUUGCUGUAAAAGUGAAUUUGGAAAUAAAGAGUCAUUACUAUAA